AUGCCAGAGACGUCUCCUGAAGCAGAUGCGCAUCCCGAUCAACCACCAGAGACCACCGCGAAUUCGAGCUCGAAGAAAGAUCUUUGCCUCAGUGGCCCUGGGAGGGUCUACCCUCUGCGAUCGAUUGUUGCCCCGACGCACCCUCUUGCACUCCCCUACCGAUCGUCUUCGACGUCGAGCAGUUCACCACAUGUUCACAGCCUGUGCAACGAAAAACCUGAGUUGGAGGACCGGGAUGAGCACUUGGAGCAACAACCGCCCAUUAGUCAGCCGAGCACCCCGCCCGAGCAACGAUUCUGGUCAUGUGACUCCCCCAAGCAACAAUCGCAACAAUCACCCCUCUAUUAUCAGCAGCAGCAGCAGCAGCAACAUCAGCAUCAAAUCGACGGUACUGGAUCGAUAACCCCUACUAAACUAUAUGACUAUGCCUCAGGCUCGGAAGGUCCAGACCAUCUGAGUCUUGAGACUCUCGGCUCACUCACUCCGUCAUCCUCUCAUCGAAGAUAUGACGCACAAGACUCCGAUGAAGACAGCCUCGCUACCACCAGCACCACCAAGAGCCUACAGGCGUGCGAGGAUGAGCCGAUACACAGACCUGGGGCAGUGCAAUGUUUUGGGGCAUUGGUGGUGUUAGAAGAGGUCGAUGAGGGAACGUUAAUGGUGCAAUUGGCUAGUGAGAACUCGGAGGCUAUCAUUGGUCAUUCGCCGCAGAACUUAUUCACCUUGAACAGUUUCUCCGACCUGUUGCGCAACGACCAGGAUGGAAUCCUCAGGGAUCAUGUGCAGCUAACCGAGGAUGAUCAGUGGAGUCCGGCUGUGGAUGGGCCGGAGAUCUUCAAGUUAUCCAUCAACGACCGACACGGGCAUCCCCAGCGAUUCUGGUCGGCCGUCCACCGCAAUCCAGCGCACUGGCAUCUGAUUAUCUGCGAGUUCGAGAGCGAGAUCGAUCGUCUUAACCCCGUCAACACAGCCGGCCAGACCUUGCCGGCGAAACCAACGGAUAUCCUGGGAUUCGAGCCAACAGCCGAUCAAAUAGCCAGCAGCACCGUCAAGAUCAGCCAACCGUUGCGGCUACUACGAAACAGACGCCGGAAACCCGGCGAGAUGGCUUCUAUGGAAGUACUCAACAUCAUCAGCAAAGUCCAAGAUCAGUUGGGUAGGACGCAGGACCCGGAUACGCUGUUGAAUGUCUCAAUCGGACUGAUCAAGGAGCUGACCGGCUAUCACCGCGUAAUGGUCUAUCAGUUUGACCACGAGAACAAUGGGAAUGUCGUUGCAGAACUGGCCGAUCCAAGAUUCUCGAAGGACAUUUUCAAAGGACUCUCGUUUCCGGCCGCGGACAUACCCCAGCAGGCCCGUGAUCUGUAUAAGAGAAGCAAGGUCCGGCUUCUGUACAAUCGCGAUCACAUCAACUCCCCCCUAGUGUCGCGAGAUCUCGAACAUGCGAGAGCCCCGCUGGAUAUGACUUACGCAUUCUUACGGGCGAUGUCACCUUAUCAUUUAAAGUAUCUGGCUCGGAUGUGUGUCCGCUCUUCGAUGUCGAUCAGCAUCAACGAUCGCGAAGAUCUCUGGGGAUUGAUUAUAUGUCAUUCCUACGGGGAUCACGGCAUGAGAGUUCCCUUUCCGGUCAUCCGCCUGAGCAGGUUGAUUGGCGAUUCGGUGUACCAGAACAUCAAGCGACUCUCCUGUAUGUCGCACCUGGAGGCCGGCAGCCCCGCCAACCAGGUGGCUGCAUCCGAAAUCCUGAAACAGGACAGCCACACAUCCGAGGCGUUGCUCAAGCUCUUUGAUGCAGAUUUCGCAGCUCUUUCCAUUCGGGGACGAACGAGCAUACUGGGCGAGUCAACGGACUUCGCAGAAAGCCUGGCUCUGGUCGAAUAUUUCCGGUUUAAGAAGCUGGGCUCUGUUGUGGCUACUAGCCAUGUCAAGCGAGACUUCCCAGAUCUGCACUUUCCUCCUGGCAUUCACUCUGUCUCGGGUGUCAUGUAUGCGCCUCUUUCCCUGCACAAAGAGAAUUUCAUCGUCUUCUUCCGCCGCACGCAGAUGAAAGAUAUCCGAUGGGGUGGAAAUCCAUAUACAAAGUUACCCUUACAGCCUCGGAAGGAUUUCCGGGUCUGGCGGGAGACUGUCGUGGACCGGUCUCGGGAGUGGACCACGUCGCAGACCGAUAAUGCAGCUGCCUUGGGCAUGGUAGGCUCUCAAGUGUCGAGCGACUGGCGGACGGAAACGGAAUCCCCUUCGUCGUCUAGCCAGCAGGCCAAGUCGGGCGAUGAGAUUCGAACCACCCUGAACACGAUCAUGGGGAAUCUUGGGGUGGUCCUUGGAGGGUCUUUUGACUCCGAAUUCCAAGACAGCAUCACCCGCUCCUAUUCCGCGUCAAAAUCCCUCCUUUAUGUGAUCAACGAUCUCUUAGACAUCACGAAGAAGGAAGAGGGGUACAAUCUGAUCAAGGACGAAGUAUUUGAUCUCUUGACCUGCUUCCGCGAAGCUACCAAGAUGUUCGAGACCGAGGCGCAGCGCAAAGGGCUCCUCUACAAGGUUGUCCAUCAGUCGGGGAUUCCAAAGGGCGUGUUCGGCGAUGAGCGGCGCGUUCGUCAGGUGAUUUCGAACCUCAUCUCCAACGCCGUCCAGCACACCUCCGAGGGAGGGGUCACCGUUGAGAUGUGGCGGGACUCGGUCAUCCCUGCGCCGGGGCGGGCCAUCAUCAACAUCACCGUGGUUGACACCGGGUGUGGCAUGUCGUCGGACAAACUCGACAUGCUUUUCUGCGAGCUGGAGGAGAUUUCGCUGGAGCGGAAGAACGGCGGUGAAACCGAGGAAACCUCGACCGCGCUGGAACGAACGCACAAAAAACGUGUUCUGGGAGUCGGGCUUGCCUUGGUUUCGCGGAUUGUUCGCAACUGCUAUGGGCAACUUGUGGUUCAUUCCGAAGAAGGCAGGGGCAGUCGAUUCGCGAUAUCCCUGCAGUUUGAUACCGGGUAG